AUGAGGAUCACACUCUUGCUACUCGGCAUUUGCGUUGCCCUCGCCGGACGAGUGGCAGCCAUGUCAGAUUGCAUGGACAGCGACAAGGCGAAGUCGACAGAAGGAGGAGAGAGUUACCAAUCUGUUGAAGACUGUCGGUUCAGGUGUUACUGUGCCGCAAAGGCAGACGGAGCGAUGUACGAGGUCCAAGCUGGUUAUGCGAUCUUCCGCUAA